AUGAUGUCGAUGAACAGCAAGCAGCCGUUCAGCAUGCACCCCAUCCUGCAUGAACCCAAGUACACGCCGCUGCACUCCAGCUCCGAGGCCAUCCGUCGGGCCUGCCUGCCCACGCCAUCGCUCCAGGGCAAUAUCUUCGCCGGCUUCGACGAGACGCUCCUGCAGCGGGCCGAGGCCCUGGCCGCCGUGGACAUCGUGGCCCAGAAGAGCCACCCGUUCAAGCCGGACGCCACGUAUCACACCAUGACCACCAUGACCAGCAUGACGUGCACGCCCACGUCGUCGUCGGCUCACCUGCACCACCCGUCGGUAUUGAGCUCGCACCACCACCCGGCGCAUCACCAUCAGCCGGCGCAGGGCUUGGAGGGCGACCUGCUGGAGCACCUGACGCCCGGCAUCUCCCUGGGCGGCAUGGCCGGCUCGGACGUGUGCUCCACGGCUUCGCACAUGAGCGCCAUCAACCACAUGCAGCACCACCACCACCAUCACCACCACCACGCGCAGUCCAUGAACAUGCACGCGCACGGCUUGGCCUCGCACGGGUCCCUCGGAGGCGCCGCGGGAGUGGUGGGAGGCGGCGGCGGAGGAGGCCCGGCGGGAGGCGACGCGGAGCCCGACCCCCGGGAGCUGGAGUCGUUCGCUGAACGCUUCAAACAGCGGCGCAUCAAACUCGGCGUGACGCAGGCGGACGUGGGCGCGGCGCUGGCCAACCUCAAGAUCCCAGGCGUGGGCUGCCUGAGCCAGAGCACCAUCUGCCGGUUCGAAUCCCUGACGCUGUCGCAUAACAAUAUGGUGGCGCUCAAACCCAUCCUCGAGGCCUGGCUGGAGGAGGCGGAGAGGGCGCAGCGCGAGAAGAUGGCCAAGCCGGAGAUCUUCAGCGGCGGUGACAAGAAGCGCAAACGCACGUCUAUCGCGGCCCCGGAGAAGCGCUCACUGGAGGCCUACUUCGCAGUGCAGCCGCGGCCCUCGUCGGAGAAGAUUGCCGCUAUCGCCGAGAAGCUGGACCUGAAAAAGAACGUGGUGCGAGUUUGGUUCUGCAACCAGAGGCAGAAACAGAAGCGCAUGAAGUUUUCGGCCACGCACUAA